AGAACACCCGCCACACAUCCUACGUCAUCAGCACGCGCCUGUUGUGGUGCUCGCGCCAUUCCUAUACGCGUGUUUCCAUUUCUCAUUGCAUUACAACUGGCAGCCCUUUAGUAUCCACGGUUACGAGCGCAGAUUCUGUUUUUCUACCGUCUCUUUUAGAUAUAUCCGGCUAUGGAUAUGGAUAGUGCCAGUACAGUGGUGCUGCAGGCCUUAACCCAAGCUACCAGCCAAGACACAGCUGUGCUGAAGCCUGCAGAGGAACAGCUCAGACAGUGGGAGACCCAGCCAGGCUUCUACUCAGUCCUUCUGAAUAUCUUCAAUAACCACAUGCUGGAUGUGAACGUCAGGUGGCUGGCUGUGCUUUACUUCAAAAAUGGCAUUGACAGAUACUGGAGGAGAGUAGCGCCUCAGACAGCGACUGGCCAGAGUGCGUUAUCAGAGGAAGAGAAGGUGUCACUGCGUGCCGGACUCAUCACGAACUUCAACGAGCCCGUCAAUCAGAUAGCGACCCAGAUUGCAGUACUGAUAGCCAAGGUGGCCCGUCUGGACUGCCCCAGGCAAUGGCCAGAGCUCAUUCCCAUUCUGCUCGAGUCUGUGAAGGGUCAGGACGGUCUGCAGCAGCACAGAGCGCUGCUAACCUUUUAUCAUGUCACCAAAACACUAGCUUCCAAACGUCUGGCACAGGACAGGCGACUUUUUCAGGAUCUGGCUUCAGGCAUCUACAGCUUUGCAUGUUCCCUGUGGAGCCAUCACACCGACUGCUUCCUCCAGCAGAUCUACGCCAGAGAUGACGCCGCAGCUCUCAGCUCGCUAGAGAGGACACUUCUGUCCCUUAAAGUUCUUCGCAAGUUAACUGUCCAUGGAUUUCAAGAGCCACAACAAAAUAUGGAAGUGAUGGGUUUCCUCAAUGCAGUGUUUGAAAGGCUAAAACUGUUCUUGGAAUGCUGUCGGCAGGUCGGCCCAGAGAGCACAUGCAGAGAAAAGCUGGAGAAGACCAUCAUUUUAUACACAAAAGUUCUUUUAGACUUCCUGGAGUACCAUCCAUGCGCAUUCAUUCCUCUGAUCCAGCGUUCACUGGAGUUUGCUGUGAGCUACGUGUUCACACCUGCAGGGGAGGGAGUGACCUUUGAACGAUUCAUUGUCCAGUGCAUGAACCUCAUCAAGAUGAUCGUAAAGAAUGACGCCUACAAACCUGCCAAGAACAUCGAUGACAGUAAGCCAGAAAGUCUGGAGGCUCACAAGAUCAAGACAGCAUUCUUCACACACCCCACGCUGACAGAGAUUGGACGCCGGCUCGUCUCACACUACUUCCUUCUCACAGAGGAAGAGCUGGCAAUGUGGGAAGAGGACCCAGAGAGCUUUGCUGUUGAAGAAACAGGCGGAGACUCUUGGAAAUACAGUUUAAGGCCUUGUACAGAAGUAUUGUUCCUGGAUAUCUUCCACAACUACAGCCAGACCCUGACGCCGGUGCUAUUGGAUAUGGUUCAGAAUCUCCAGGGUCCAACAAGUGUGGAAGACCCUGUUCAGUUGCUAAUGAAGGAUGCAGUAUACAAUGCAGUUGGACUGGCAGCCUACGAACUCUUCGACAACGUGGACUUUGAUCAGUGGUUCAAGAAUCAGCUUCUUGGAGAGCUGCAAGUGAGCCAUCACAGGUACAAGUUGAUUCGCAGACGGGUCAUCUGGCUAAUAGGACAGUGGAUCUCUGUCAAGUUCAAAUCUGAUCUUAGACCUUUACUCUACGAGGUCAUCCUGAGCCUCAUGCAGGAUCCCGACUUGGUGGUACGCAUUGAGACGGCUACAACCUUGAAACUCACUGUUGAUGACUUUGAGUUCCGGACAGAACAGUUCCUCCCUUACCUCGAGUCUAUCUUCGGACUCCUCUUCCAGCUGUUGCAGCAGGUGACAGAGUGUGACACUAAAAUGCAGGUGCUCCAUGUCAUCUCCUGUGUGAUCGAGAGAGUCAACAUCCAGAUCCGGCCGUACGUAGGCUGCCUGGUUCAGUACCUACCCCUGCUCUGGAAGCAGUCUGAAGAACACAACAUGCUUCGAUGUGCCAUCCUCACGACGCUCAUCCACCUGGUGCAGGGCCUGGGGGCAGAGAGUAAGAACCUGUACCCUUUCCUUCUCCCUGUCAUCCAGCUGAGCACUGACGUCUCCCAGCCGCCGCAUGUAUAUUUGCUGGAGGAUGGACUGGAGCUUUGGUUGGUGACUUUGGAGAACAGCCCAGCCGUCACCCCGGAGCUGCUCAGAAUUUUCCAGAACAUGUCAGCUUUGCUGGAGCUGAGCUCAGAGAACCUGCGCACCUGCUUUCAAAUCGUCAACGCCUACCUGUACCUGUCUGCCACAGAAUUUCUGCAGAACUAUGCAGAGUCGCUGUGUCGAUCUUUUUGUGAUCUACUGAAAGACAUCACGAAUGAGGGACAGGUUCAGGUCCUCAAGGUGGUGGAGAUAGCUUUAAAAGUUAGCCCCAUACUGGGAGCCCACAUGUUCCAGCCUCUGCUGCCAGCUGUCUUCAGAGGCACCGUGGAUGGCGAGCGAUAUCCUGUGGUGAUGUCCACCUACCUAGGAAUUAUGGGCCGCGUCCUGCUCCAGAACUCCAGCUUCUUCUCCUCUUUGCUCACCCAAAUGGCCUCUGAGUGCGGUCAGGAGAUGGACCACUUGUUGGGCAGUGUGAUAGAGAUGUGGGUCGACCGCAUGGACAACAUCACUCAGCCUGAGAGAAGGAAACUGUCUGCUCUGGCUCUGCUUUCCCUCCUACCAUCGGACAAUAGUGUGAUUCAGGACAAGUUCUGUGGCAUCAUCAACAUCUGCGUUGAGGCCCUGCACGAUGUAAUGACAGAAGAACCCGAAACAGGCACCUUCAAAGACUGCAUGCUGAUGAGCCAUUUUGAGGAGCCCAAACUAAGUGACGAUGAGGAGCCACCAACUGAGCAGGACAAAAGAAAGAAGCUGUUGGCCCUGGAGGACCCCGUGCACAGCGUCUCCCUGCAGCAGUUCGUCUACGAGAAGCUGAAGGCGCAGCAGGCUCUGCUGGGAGACCAGGGCUUUGGGGUUCUAAUGGAGACUGUGGACACGGAGCUCGUCAGGCAGCUCCAGGAGUUCCUCCAAGGCCUCUGAAUCCUGGCUCCAACCCUACAGAUAUCUACCGCCUACUGCUAUCCUCGCCCCCAUUUUUUUUAAAAGUACCGGAAAGGCCCAAGAUCUGCCCAACGUGUGGACUCCGUAUCCAAACCUCUACCCAUGCUAUGCCUUAUCUAUAUUCAGACCUAGCCUUGUUACCUGCCCCACGUGAAAACCCUUCAUCCCUUUCUCUAUAAUCUAGAGGGACACCUUUUUUUUUUUUUUUUUUUUUUUUUUUUUUUUUUUUUUUUUAAGCACGAUGACGCUCAUGUGGGUACCUAGAAACCAGAGCUUCCACUCAGUUUGUCUAGUUUCUUCUCUUGGUGUAGGUUUACUGUGGAAUGGGUAGAAAAUUGGAAGGAUGGUGUCAAAGUUGGCGCCGGGGGUGGAGCAGGAUAUAAACCACAGACCAUCUGCAGGUGCCAGAGCUGGAUCCUUGGACUAUUUUCUAUUGAAAAACGUGCAUAUGGUAGCAAAGACAUGGAUAAAUGGAGUCUGAAGGACCUAAAGCAGUGUUUACAGAAUCUGUUGUUAAAAAAGAAAAAAAAUGUAAUUUUGUAUGUAUGUAAAGUAUGGAUGAUGUUCUGCAUGAUGAGAUGUUGUUUUUUUUAGUUAACUUUUAUGUUGUUAAUUUGUCAUCCAUUUAGAAAGGAAAGAAUUUUGUCACAACCAGAGGUCAUGUUGAAGUAACUACUGAGAGGAAGUAAGUGUUUUUUUUUUUGUUUUUUUUUUUUUUUUAAUUCCUGAUUUGUAGGAGUGCCGAACCACAUUUACAUGUAUAUACAUACUGCUGCUAACUGAAGGUGUGUCGGAGCACUUUAAUAACCAAAAAACUGUUUCAACAUUUUUCUUCUUUUUUUUUUUUUUUUUUUUUUUUAAGAAAGCGCCGUGCGGCAGGAUGUUGAAACCCGGCUUGCGUUUUGGUUCUUAUCUCGAGUUGUUGCCAUUUGCCAUGUGUGACGGGUUAAAUGUAACACUGCUGGGUCGUUUCUUUUGAUUGUUUCAAAAACAUAUCGUGAGCUACUGUGACUCUGACGAGUCACUCUUGGAGAACGCUGUGUAGCCGCCACCCUGCUGUUUUUGUCCCAUUUCACCAUCGCUGGUCACGACAGUGGUAACGAAGAAGGUUUGAUCGAAUUAAGAUUGACUGAAAAAGCAUUUUCCCAAAACAAUAGUUUACUUGAAAUCUAACUAUCACAAUACAGUAUAUACGAAUCCAUUCAUACAAUUGGAUCACUUUUACUUUUAAAGUAAAAUAUAGUUGACCCCAAUUAAAACCCUAAUUUACUCUGGAUUUAAAGUGAAAAGUAUUCACAAUCUGACUUUACACACGGAUUCUCUUAAUCUAUUGUUCUGGAAUUCAUGGAUUAAGAUGAUUUCCUUGCUCUUGUUAGGCUGAGAGACCUCUGUGGGAAAGACAUAAUCCUGACACAAGCUCCUUUGACCCUGUGAUAGUUGAGUAGCAGUCAGAGUUACAGCCUUAUACUUUCAGCCUUACCUAUCCUUGAAACUCAAACCACCUUUCUUUCUAUUAUUCUCCUUUCUAAAAUAGCGUAACAGUGCUAAUCCUGGCAAUUAUGAUGUUUUGAGUACAAUAAGCAGCAGAGGGAUGUUUUGGGGUUAUGAGUUUGAUUAUGUUUUAAGAGGAAAUAAUCCUUGUUGCUUUUUCCAAAGUCUACAAUAAAAUGCAGUAAUGAGGCAAAACAUUA